ACUACUCACGAGACACAACUUCACAACAAUGAAGUUCUUUGUCUUAACAACGUGCAUUUGUAUCGUGGCGGCUGCAUACCCACCGAUACAGCCUCCUAGAGUGACACAUUCUCCAGUACCAUCUCCUGUUAAAAGUUCCGGCAGCGAUGUGGACGCACCAGUAUUAAGAUCCGACAUUGAUGUAAAACCUGAUGGAUAUGAUUAUGCGUAUGAAACGGGAAACGGUAUUUCAGCUUCUGCUGUUGGAACUUUGAAGAAUGUCGACAAUAUUGAUGCUCUUGUUUCCCAAGGCUCAUAUCAGUAUGUGGCUCCUGAUGGCACACCAGUAAAUGUACAGUACGUCGCUGAUGAAAAUGGAUACCAACCUAAUAGCGACAUUCUGCCGACUCCACCGCCCAUACCUCCUGCUAUUGCACGUGCUUUGGAGUACCUGGCUGCUCAUCCACCACUAGAAGAAAAAUUACCAACAAAAUAUCAUCUUUAAUGCAAAUAUAUAAAAAAAUAUUAUCAUGAUUAUUUAAUUACGACGACGACAUCGGCCAAAGACUAUUAUGAUUCGAAUUUGGGCAAACUUUAUCUAAUAUUGUGUUAUUUGUUAGUUACAUAUUUACCAGCAUAAUAGAUUUAAACUUAUUGUAA